AAAAGCCACACAGGGAGAUUCUGGACCAUGAGAGGAAGAGGAGGGUGGAGCUGAAAUGUAUGGAGCUGCAGGAGAUGAUGGAGGAGCAGGGCAGAACAUCCCUAAAAAAAACAAAAGGCCUGUGCACUCAGCAGGCAGACAGACAGGCAGACAGACAGGCAGACAAACAUAUAACUGUUUUUUCGUUCGGUUAUUGGGGUGCGAGCCGUGAAAGCUUUCUCUGCGUUGUCCAGCACUCAACAUUGACAGCCAUGUUCCUGCAGUCAUUUUUAUCCCACUAUUAGCAGGAAGAAGAAGACAAAGAAAAACCAGCCCCUGCAGAGGAAUGUCGUAAACAUAAGGGGCUGUGUUGCUGUCGGGAAAUGGGGCUCAGCAGCUGUGUUUUGUUGGUAUGGCUUGAGAUGGGAUCAGGAUGAAUACAUUGUUAUUAUUAUCACUAAUAAUGUCAUCUGUUAUAUUCCCUUUAAAAAUAAACUUUGUAUGAUGAUCAUUUUGUGGUGGAUCCUGUAGAAUAAGAAACUGUUCCAUAUUAUCUGAAGGACUCUACGGGGACUCUUUUGGCAGAGACCUGGUGCUUCCUGCUUGGCCAGCUGCCCCAUUUAACAAAAUUGCCAAUGUUCACAAUCAGCAAGCCGGUGAAGGACCACGUGCUCGUCGCUGUUCUAGUGGCUCCAGCUUGCUGGAGAAGAAAGAGUGGCUGAACACGAGACUGCUAUCUGCACCAAAAGCCUGGAGCAUGCAACCACAUGUCACUCACUGGAUGAAAUGCGAUCCCCGUCACAUCUGGAGGCUGUGGACAAGAAGUGGAUGCAGUCAUGGAGACGUCACACGUUGGUACACAGAAGAAGAGAUUCGACAGAAAGUGAGCAUAUUCAGACAAAUGCUGAUGGACAAGGAGGGCGUCAUCACCAGAGACGGCCCGCACACACAGCCAGUGGUAAACCACCUGCACUAUCAGCCUGACGAGUAUGACGGGAACCCUGAGUUCUACGAAGACGGAGACUAUGGCCAUGAUUACCACAGUGACAGCCGAGUGAAGAGGAAAUUGAGCAGCUCUCCAUCCCCUCGUCCGAAGAAAAGGAAGAAGAAGAAAUCUGGCCGCCGAAGAAGUCGGUUUGGCAGCUCCUCGCCCACUCACAGAGAGAAGAAGAAAAAGAGUGGGAAGAAACACAAGCGAGACAGAUCUACAUCUGGCUCUAGGAAAAAGAGGAGACACAGACAAUGCAAUCCAUAUGGAUCGGGCAGCCCGAAGAACAAACACAAAGACAAGAACAAACAGAAAAAGAGGUCCCCCGGUGAGACCCCCAGUAGGAGUUCUCAGCGUCAAGGCAGCUGCUGUAGCUCCCGUAGCGCCUCCCUGUCCUCCACACGGAGCACCUCCAAAUCUCCCGCCAGACUGAGCUCCAAGCAAAAGACGGACGGGCAAAAGGCGUCCGGCGCCUCGCCGGCCCCGGGGCCCAACGCUCCCGCCGCUUGGCACAACGGGGGCCAAAGCCAGCGGGGCCGCAACGGCAAGGCCGGCAGACUGAACCACGGCGAGGGCGAGAAGGGGCACGAUAAGCUCCGUCUGCUGACAGCGAGCUCUGCAAGCAUCCAGUCCACUCUGCUGAGAGAGCACAAGCUCCACAGCGCCACCAGCAGGAGCCAAACGGGACAGACGUGCGCAGCAGGAGAGACUGGGAGUGUGGAUGGCAGGAACACCGCUGUGGGGGGCUCCGUAACCCAGGCGACCUGGAGGAGAGGGAGCCAGAGAGGCCAGAAUAAGACCUCCCGCUCCCCUGCUCACAGCAGCGACUCGGCCCACUCCCAGCACAACCACACUCACCGAGGGAGGAACUCUCGCCGUCACAGAAAAACAAAAGGUGGCCACUCUUCCAAGCGUCACCACCGCUCCAGUCGGGGUCAGGCACACCACCGGAGCCCGUCGGCAUCCCCGGGACGCCACCCGCACACGUCGGGCAAGAAGAAAGAGGAGUCCCGGAGCAAAGCCAACCUGCGGCAGCGCAGCAGCUCCUGGAGCAGCGGGCGCUCGUCCUCGCGCUCCGCCUCCAGGGGCCGAGGGCCCAGCAAGGUCAAGUCCCCACACAACAGACAGAACAACUCCAGAGAGAGAGACAGCCAGAACCGCUCCGACACCGACAGCCGAGCCUGCCGCCGCUCACGCAGCUACUCGCCCAUUCGCAAAAGGAGAAGAGACUCGCCCAGCUUCAUGGAGGCUCGCAGGAUCACCAGUGCUCGGAAGCGGCCGAUCCCGUACUACCGGCCCAGUCCUUCGUCGUCCAGCUACGACAGCAGCCCGUCGCGGUCCAGCCGCAGCCGCAGCGAAAGCAGCUACAGUCGCAGCCGGAGCCACAGCAGAAGCCACAGCAGGAGCCGCAGCAGGAGCCGCAGCAGGAGCCGCAGCAGGAGCCGCAGCCAGAGCCGCAGCCGCAGCUGGAGCCGCAGCAAGAGCCGCAGCAAGAGCCGCUCCCGCAGCCACCACAGCUACUACAGCCGCAGCAGCUACGACAGCCCCGGCUUCUGAGCCCACACAGCGAGGAGUCCCGUUACAUUUGACCGUCUGGUUCGGUCGUGAGCUUUGCCGAGCCCUCCGGCGGAGCCCGUCCGGUCCAGGGCCCCGAAGCUCCUCGACCCGAGACCGUUAUCUCUCCAACACAGAGCCCGGAUCAAAGAGGAGAAAUAACACAGCACUAUGAAAUUGGCCGUCAUCGUUCAUGUCUUCACGCAAACAAGGUAUUCAAUGGAAAUGGGUCACCACACGUCAGAAAUUCAUUUUGGUAGAGCCCAAAGAACAAAAUCUUGCUGUAUGUUCGCACUUUCUUUCUCUUCUUCCACAACGCAACCAAAAAUGAAUUCAUAAAAAAAAACUAUAUACGAUAUAAAUACACAUAUAUAUAUCCUAACAAUAGGAGCUCAGUAGAAGACAAAAAGAGGACGCGUCGACGGCUUACUGUCCAUUCAGUUUGUUUUCCCCUCAUCGCCUCCCCAAGGACUUCCAUUCCAUCGAAGCGCACAGAUCAACAAGAGGUAGAACAAAAGAGAGGCUGACGAGACGGGGAGGCAACAACAAAAGAACUUUUAAAAAAAUAAUAAAAAGGGUAUUGUAUAGGUUUGUCUGUAUAGAUAGAAGUCUCUUAAGUUUGGGCUUUGUAAACUAUGCACUGUAUAUUCCAUCUCGCUGGAGGAGGUUUGUUUAGCAUGAUGCAUCAGGAGAGUAGAAAGGUGCCAGGGUGCAUCUGCUCCCCACUGAGAGACUGCAAGUCAGCCACCUGCAUACACGGUGACUGGGACUGUGGGAGGGGAGGGGGGGAGGGAGGGAGGGGGGGCUAUUUAUUAUGUAAUUUUAAUCUUCCCUGUUUAAAUUAUCAUGUUGAUUCUGCAAUCCCUGACUUUAUGUGAGAGCGUGUGUCCACUGCCUGCACCCAUACGGCUGCUGCGUGGCACUGUACAGGACAACUGUCUGCAAAAAGUCUCCAUGCACAUGUUUGUGUUGACCACAACUAUUUAUGAUUCCACCGUAUUUAUUUGUUUAUUUAUUGGGUUAUUUAUUAUCUAAUUUAUUACCAUUUAUUUAUCUUUUUUUUUUCCUUUUCUUGUUGCCAUGAGCAUUAAAGCAGUUGGAUCAUGCUUCGAGGAUGAGACUGUGAUGCAAAUGUGUCCUCAUUUUUAAAAUGUACCGUGUGUGUCCAUGUUGUUCGUCGUCGUGGCGAGGGCUCGCUGUCGCUCCCAGAUCAGUGAGCAGGGCGACGAUGCGCCGCUAUGCGUUUGAAAAUGCUCCGAGUGUCGACCGUGGAACGGAGUCUUCGUCCACAGUUCCUCCGCCAUUAUUGCACCCCGGCCCGUAGUUAUGGAUACAUGUUCCCGCACGCCGCAGUGGCUCUGCGGGUAUUGAGGAGCGAAGGAUCGGCCUCGAACACAACCAGACGUCUCCCUGUGUGGGGCUGAGAGUCCAUUAUUCUACUCUACUGUAUAUCUCCAGCCUCCACAUAUUCUAAUCCCUUUGUAUAAUGGGCCGCAACAUGCACCCCGUCCCCUGGUUGACAACUUCGGGAGGAAAAUAUAUGUGAUGUAAGCUAGCAUAGCAGGGACAGCAGCGGGCUCUGUAAUGCCUCCUCUGUCUUCAGGUCGAGUCGUAAACCAACUGGCUCUACGAUCAGGGAUCACCGUAAGUCUUCCUUUGCAUUCGUCUGGCCUCAUGUCGCUCCCAGUGUUGCAGUCCCAGUGUAACCACACCUUACCCGACUAUGAUACUCUGCAAACCUCUUAAUUUAUUCCAAGUA